AUGAGGGGCUGGGGAUUUAGCUCAGCGACAUAAGCACCUGCCUUGCAAGCAGGCGGUCGUGAGUUCGAUCCCUGGUACCGAUAAAAAUGAAAAAAAAAGACAAAAAAAAAGGUUUAAAUGAAAGAUUUAAAAACCUAUGCAUCUAUAGUCACCAAAAGGUAGGUGUUUAAGUGUUUUCUGCCAUUUAAUAGAUUUUUCACCUUGCUUAUGUGUUUUUCCAUGUCGACUUGAGUCGCAUGAUAAAUUUUAUGUGUAAAAAAUACAGUCCGCAUUUUUUGGCACCUUUAUUUUGCCUCUUAUUUCUCCCAAGUUUUCACUCACUGUACUUCUGUACUCAUCAGCACAAAAGAGAAUUUUCAGUUUUGCCUACAUGUUACACAAAAGUGUUAUGAAUAGAUUGGUAGUAAUUAAGCCCUGUUUUUAAGUUCUUGCUUCAUUUUUUUUUUCUUUCUGUCACUGCUUUCUCCUAGGCUGCUCAGAAGUAGUUACCAGUUUUGGUUUGACCUUGCUUUUUUAAAACCAUCUUUUAAAUAAUGAAGGAAACAUUGAAUAUAGUAGUUACCCACUCCCUGUGACCCGUAAGGUUUUGGGGUUCCCAGAGGACAGUGUAUAUUAUUUGACAGGUUACUGCUCCAUCUCAGAACAAGGAAAGUCACAUGCAUUGAUAAUCCUGUGGACAUGUUACUGUAUAUUAGGUGAUAAGUAGGAAAUGUUUGGGUAUUUGUUUUAUUGUGGCGCUCCGUUGAUGUUUUAAGAGUUCUGACUGAGUGUGAAACUUAUUGCAGCCCUCUGUGACCAUGAAGGAAGUCACUCAGUCCUCAGUUAUCUUCCUAAAAUGGUUGUAAUGUGCUCAACUAUUUCCAGAGAUGAGGCUUUUCUUACAGGGUUCAUUGAGAUAAGGCCAAGAUAACACCAUCCUUGGCAUUUGCAAGAAGUGCCCAGUGUUACCAUGUUGUUAAAUCAGUUACAACCCCUCUAAACUGAAGGGAGUAGUAGGCAAUUAAUGGUGUUUUUUUCAGCUUCAAGUGUUUGAGGUUCAUAUAAAUUAAUACCGAGAUAGGAAUGGCAAGGAUGUGGUAAGAAAGGAAGCACAUUUUUUUUGGACUCAUGUCAAAAGAAUUGAUAAUUGGUGGUUUUCUAUUAUCUUUACAAGAAUCACAAAGUAGGCAUUUUGAUUUUAUAGGAAAUUGAAAAGUCAGUUGGUCUGAGCUAGGUUGUAUUUCUUUACAACAUGAAUGUAUCUGGGGGCUUUAAAAUGUCAUUUUCCACGAACCAUCUUUUAUACUAGCAGAGUUGUGCUUAUUAAUUUGUAAUGUAACAUAGUCCACAGCAUAUUUGCUUUUGGAUAGUUCAAUAAACUGUCCCUGUUGAAGAUUAUCCUCAGAUACUAUAUAUUUUCCCUAAAAUAGGAAAGGGAAAAAUCAUACCAAAGUUACUGUUGGACUUUCUCAAAGAGAGGUCAAAAAUGAUCCUGUCAGAUAAGACAGUAUUUUCUUAAGAAGGCAUUUUAUUUAUCCUGCAUGUUUAACCUGUUUUACUAGUAAAGUCCUUGAAAUCAUUGACCCAAUGCUGUUUCUAUUUUUGAGACUUAGGAACUAUUUUUUCAUCAAAAUGUUCCUUCUCUUCAAUUUUCACACCUUGAAUGGGUUUCUGGACUUCUCUGUACCUUUCAUACAUUUUCUUGGUCUCUAAGGUCCCAGUCCCUAGCCUGCUGAGCCAGUUUUAUAGGCUCAGCCAAAAUAAGAAAAUGAAAUGAGGCACAGAUAGAUUUGAUCUGUUAAAUUUAUGAGAACUUGUGUUUACUUCCCUCUUGGCUGCCUAGUUUCAACUCAUUUCAAACCUGGUACCUGGCAGUUUUUUGAAAAAUUGAGUUUAGAAUCUCCAUAUUUUAAAGAGAAGCUAGGUGAAGUUGUCUAACUUUGGUCCUCAAAAGGUCACCCAGAGAAUGAUGAGAGCUUGUUAAAAAUACAAAAUCUGGGGUGGUAGUAGUUCAGUGGUAGAUGUCUUCCUUAGUAUGUGUGAGGUACUGGGUUCAGUCCCCAGGAAAGUAUCACAAAAAUGGAGCAUCUUGGACCCUGCCCUGGAGUCGGUCUGCUUUUUAAGAUGACCAGGUGUUUUGUACACAGUUUUGAACACUUGCUAUAGUUAUUUGCUUGUUUAGCUUAUAGAGGGGAAAAGCCAACGGUUUAUCAGACAUUUUAGUCCCUACUCUGUUUUGAGGGCUCAGUUUAAAAUCAUGCUUUGGGAAUGUUUAAAGCUAGAAAUGAGGUGUGCAUGCCUGAGGCACAUACUGUAGUAAGUUCAAGGACAGCUGAGCCAUAGCAAGACCCUGUCAAAACUAUUAUAACGUCAAAAUAAAUCCUCCAGUAGAUACAGGCAAGGGUCUUUGGAACAUGGUAGAGACUAGACCUUGAGCUACUAUGGCCUGACUUAAAAUUGUCACCUUGUCAGGACUCUCAGCAGCAGGAUUAGUGGAGGUUAAAACAAGAAGUCCGAAGAUGGCAUGAUGGGUUACCCUAGAGCCGAGCAUGAAGUCCUGGUGAGGGAGAGAAGAGGUAGGGCUUGAAUUGUGAAUUUGCUUUUGUACUACAUGGUUCCAAGUAUUUCAAUCAUAACCCUAGGAGGGAAGGUAUCACUUUUAACGUCCCUCCCUUCUUCAUUGACAAGCUGUCUAGACUAAACGAUAAAAAAUACACGGUUCAAAUCUUGAUGGUUGAAGGAGAAAGCACUCAAGAAUGAAAGGCAGUAAAUGCAGCAGUGAAAAAGAAGUGCGCUUUUAGGAAGAGUGGGAAGUGCCCCGUGGGUUUGACAGUUGGAUCACUGUGAGUGCAGUUUUAAUACAAAGAUGUGUUUGUUAGGUAAUGAUGAGUUUGGACAUUGAAAAUUGAAAGAAUUAACCUCACAUUUUGAAAGUCUGAAAGAAAGCUAAAACUGAUCGAGAUUUAAAUUUUGGCUCUACUAUGUCUGAUCCUGUGUCAACUUAGCGGUUGAAGGAAGCCUCUCAAAAUUUGACUAAUGCCUGCUUUGCAGACUUGUGAUGUUACAUCUGAGGAACACGGGAUGGGGCUGGGGAUGUGACCCAAUGGCAUAAGCGCCUACCUGCCAAGUGCAAGGUCCUGAGUUUGAUUCCCAGUGCUAAAAAAUGCAGAGAACACAUGUACUCUCAAAUCGGAUUAAGGUGGAGGAACUGAUUUAUUUCUGAAGAAGAGAGUAUUUUAAAGUUGAAGCUACAAUCAAGAGAGGCCCAAAGUGAAGAAGGGCUAUCCUGAGAUGGAGAGAGUUUGUCAAAGCUGUUGUCUUUAAUGUUCACUCUUCAACUCAGAAGUGGCCCGAUUUCUGCUGGGAGAAGCUUAGAGGCACUGCUAAACCACACUUCUGAAGGACGGAUGUCUGCCGUCAAGGCUGCCGGACUAUGGAUGAUAAGGGGCUGAUGGAGAUUGUGCGUCUGCUCCAGCCCCACAAGCCUCCUUGGCACAGAUACUUACCCGAAGGCUCUGACGAAGCCCUGUAGAUUUUCUUAUCACAUAAUGUGCAUGGCUCUUGAGGGAUUUCCCUGCUGUGUACCUGCCUCCUGCCCCUGAGCCACUGGAGGCGAACCUGCAGGUUCUCUGUGCAAUCUCGGAAGCCAGGGCCUCCUAGCAACCGGGUCUCUUAGCAACUGGAUACCCGCUGCACUCGGGGAGAGUCCAAACCAUAAUGGACCAGCCCUUCAUCGCCGAUCCCUUCAACACAGUAUCAAGAGAAGACCUGAGACGCACCUCGAAACCAACGAGGAAGAGUUCGUCUUUUGAAAGAGAAGAAUGGUGGAGAACAACAUUAACAACUACUCCUAUACCUGGCACUUACCACUUGAAAACUUUUAUUGAAGAAUCCCUAUUAAAUCCAGUGGUGGCGACCUACAGUUUUAAAAAUGAAGGAAGGAAAAAACCACCUCUUGUGCAAAGAAACAAUCCAGUCGUCAAUGAUCUUCCACUGUACAAACCUCCUGGCCUCCUGGACCUGUUAAACAAGCAAGUGGCCACGUACUCUUUCAAAGACCAGCCCCGGCCAAGCCCCAGCACCCUAGUUUACAAAGAUAAGACGCUGCGGCUUUCCCCAGGGCAGUAUGAAGUUCUUCCUAAACCAGUUCCCAAGUAUACCGCCAAGGACUUUGUAUUUCGUUCUGCAGUUCAAAGAUUUCCAACCACCUAUUUCAUUCCUCAUGAAGGUCCAGGACCAGGUCACUAUAGCUUGAAAACACCUCCAACAAUUUCUGUGACUUCCUGUUUUCAAUCCAAGCUACCCCGGCUCUUGCCCAGCUUUUCAAAAACCCCAGGCCCAGGAACGUACACAUCCUCCAAACAGUACCCAAAGCAGUCCCAAACCAUAGCCAAAAUGGGCCGGGAGCACAGCCUCUUCUUCAACAACACAAUCGGCUUUUAAAAUAAAGCACUUGUGACACCAAAUGAUUCGGAAUAACAGCAAGUUCUUGGGUUUAUGAAACUGCUACUACGCCUUACCGGGGUUUCACCAUGGCAGGGUUGGGUCUCUUGGGCUCAGUCACAUUAGUGUUGAGAGAUUUCCAGGCUUCCUUGGGUCCUUGACAUUAAACCAAGGCCACACAGAGCCUAAGAGGGUCCCAAAGGUGGCACUUUUCCUUUUUCAAGUCCCUAAAAAGAACUGGAUUCAAUGAGUACAAUCCUGUGCUGAGUGCUAACAUUCCAGUCGCUUUCAGACCACACACACAGCGGUGUCCCUGAAGAGUAAAACACAGCAGAACUUUUCCUUCUGCCUAGUAACUGGGUAGCUCGAAGCAUUUACUCAAGGCUGGGUAGACUGCAGGGCCAGUGGCCAGUGCCGUAGCAGUGUGGCCCAGACAGUUGUGUAGAGUGUUACGUUUGAUGAUGACCGUCAGUGAUUGGUGCCUAGAUUUACUAUACUGUACUGCUUUUUUCUCCUUCGCUCAUCUAACUGGGUAGUUAGUAUACUACACCUUUUAACCUUUCUUUUUCUUUUUGGCACUGGGGACCAAACCAAGGGCCUUCUGAUGCUACUCCUACUUAGCAAAACCAUGUUUGCUGUCAAACAAUAUACUGCAUUACUCUGGCAACAGCCACCUGUGUCUCACGCCCACCAUUUUUCUCCAUCACACCAUUUUAUUUUGUGAUCGAUUUAAUUCUGUUGUCACUUUGUCUCAAGGAACAACCAGCUACAGCACUUACGUACCUGCCACAGAGCCUUGGGGUGCAGCAGGUGCCACCGUGUGGCUCUGUGUCCACACAGACGGCAACACCAACCAGUGGCUCCUUCUCAGAAGGUGUCCCCAUCAGUAAGUGACAUGUGAGCGUGAUUCUGAUUCCAGGUCACGGAAAAUGCGCAAGGUGCUGUGCUGGGGAAACAGAAGGGAGCUGGAAACAAGGCUAAAGAAGGGACAGAGUUUGGAGAGAGUUCAAGACCUGGAAGAAGAUCUCAGAAAGCUGAGAAGUCUGUACCGAGAAACUGCUGCAAGUCUCAGAGAUCUGGGACUGCGCCAGGUGACAGCUCCUGUGGGAAGAUGGUCACCAGUCUCAGCAAGCUGCCAGGUCAUUGUGCAAUGGGCCCUGACUCUGGGCACAUGCAGCAGCAGGGUGGCGUGGCUGGGCCUAUCAAGAGAAACAGGAGGCUGAGACCAGCAGAGAGGAGGGGAGAGGGCCGGGUAAGGACUGCUAUCUGGACAAAGGCCCAAGGCAAGAACUGACAUUUGCUGGCAGGAGCAGAGGGAUUCUGAUCCAACUCACACUGAGGGUGUAAGCAAGGGCGUGGGACGUGGCAGGGCCAUUAGAACCUGAUGACCAGGAGCUUCGAGCACCGGGAGGAGCUUCCCACUCUGGGAGAGCCUGGGUGUGCGGGGGCUCAGGGUGGGAGGUGGAGUGGGUUCAGAGUCGUUAAUAAAUACCUGAAGGAAUAUUGUAACAAUUAAAUGUUUAU